CAAUCCGAAUUUUUCAGACCAAACCAAAGCUUUUGUCUUUUCCCAUUUCCAGAUACGUUUUUGAACUAACGCCAAGGACCAAGAAGCAAGGCCAAACCCCACCGUAGGGGCAACGAGAGACGUGCAUUAAAGUUCGAUCUGAAUUUUCGAGCAUCCUUACUGUUCCGAGUUAACCCUUGAUCCCCUUUUACGGUUCAGAAACUCGAAAAUUAGAAAAUUAAAUUGAAGUGAGAGAAAAAGGAGGAAGCUUUGGUGAAUACACUCAUUAAGGCAUGUGAGAAUCAGAUCUUGAAGAAAAAGGUAGAAACUUUCAGCUACCAGGCGAACGUUCACGAAGCGAAAGUUUUCGUCUUUGUUGUGUGAUUCGGGUUUUGGAGAUGGAUGGGAGAAAUGGGGAGGAGCGAAUCGUUCACGAGGUUGCAAUUGUGGUUCCUAAGAGGGUUCGAGAAGAGGAAGAGGAAGGAGACUGUGUUGAAGUUUUGGUGAGUGAGCUGAAGAAGAGAGGGAUGGUUGUUGAUAGAGUCGUUGGUCUCGCUGAUGAGUUUCUCAAGGUAGCUGCUCCUUUGGAGACCUUGGGGAGUGCAGCAGCUGAGCUUCAUAUACGUAAACCUACUCGUCUUGGAAUUGAUUUGCCCUUUGAGGUGCAAGGUUCUGAGGCUUUCUUCAGGCAACCUGAUGGGUCUUUGUUCAGCUGGUUUGAACGUUUUCAUUGCUAUCAACAUCUUCUUUACGGAAUUGUUAACAGUGAUGGUUACGACGUUACACUGAAGCUUGACGACAAAGAGUUUUGUUGGGCGGCAGGAGAAUCACUAGUUAGAAGGUUGGAAUCAGAAGGCGUCAUCAAACAAAUGUUUCCUCUUCAUGAUGAACUCAAUAGGAAGGAACUUCUCAAAACUUGGGCGUUAAACUGGUGGAACUUCACAAACCAGCCUAUUGAUCAGAUAUACUCCUACUUCGGCGCAAAGAUUGGAGUCUACUUUUCCUUCUUGGGAAUGUAUACACGAUGGUUACUAUUCCCAGCCUUACUUGGGAUUAUAGUUCAGAUGAUUGAUUUUGGGUCCUUGCAGUUUCUUGUUCUCCCAAGUUUCUUUGUCAGCACAAUACUCUGGGCUGCCUUGUUUCUUCAGUUCUGGAAACGUAAAAACGCAGCUUUGUUAGCUAGAUGGCAGAUAAAUUAUUUAGUUGGUCCGAGUCAAGGAUACAGAUUCAUCGGAAUGGAGUGGAGCUCCCUUCCCUUUCCAAAGGAGCUUAUAAAGAACCUCGGAAACGAGAAGUUCAAAGAGAAGGAAGCGUACCAAAGAUAUGAAUGGUUUGCUUACCGCAAAAGGUUUAGGAAUGAUGUUCUCGUCAUCAUGACCAUUAUCUGCCUCCAACUUCCUUUUGAGCUGGCCUAUGCUCACAUCUACGAGAUCAUCACAUCCGACACAAUCAAGUUUCUAUUGACGGCUAUCUACCUUCUAAUCAUUCAGUACCUCACUCGGUUGGGAGGCAAAGUAUCUGUCAAGCUGAUAAAUCGAGAGAUCAACGAGAGUGUGGAGUAUCGAGCUAACAGCUUGAUUUACAAAGUUUUUGGACUCUAUUUCAUGCAGACAUACAUUGGGAUCUUCUACCAUGUGCUUUUACACCGAAACUUCAUGACACUUCGACAAGUAUUGAUCCAACGGUUGAUCAUCUCACAGGUUUUCUGGACUUUGAUGGAUGGUUCUUUGCCUUAUCUCAAGUACAGCUACAGAAAGUUUAGAGCUAGGAAGAAGAAGAAAAGUGAAGGUGGACCAUCAACAGGGAAGAUACUAAUAGCAUCAAGAGUUGAGAAGGAAUAUUUCAAGCCUACAUAUUCAGCAAGCAUUGGUGUAGAGCUUGAAGAUGGACUUUUUGAUGAUUUUCUCGAGCUAGCUUUGCAAUUUGGAAUGAUCAUGAUGUUUGCUUGUGCCUUCCCUCUUGCUUUUACCCUCGCUGCAGUGAGCAAUGUAAUGGAGAUGAGAACAAAUGCUUUGAAGCUAUUGGUUACACUGCGAAGACCACUUCCUCGUGCUGCUGCAACAAUUGGAGCUUGGUUAAACAUAUGGCAGUUUCUAGUAGUAAUGUCUAUAUGCACAAACUCUGCGCUCUUGGUAUGCUUAUAUGAUCAAGAAGGAAAAUGGAAGAUUGAGCCAGGGCUAGCUGCAAUUCUCAUCAUGGAACAUGUCCUCUUGCUUCUCAAAUUCGGACUAUCUCGUCUUGUCCCUGAGGAGCCUGCUUGGGUUAGAGCCAACCGUAUGAAGAAUGUGACUCAAGCGCAAGACAUGUACUGUAAACAGCUCUUGAGAAGCAUUUCUGGUGAAUUUUCCUCCAUGGCAAGAACUCAACAAGAGUCGGAGUAGUCUUGACAUGAAAUUAUAGAAUCAUAGUAAUACCAAAAGGCUUUUGUGUGUGUGUGUGUGCAACAGUUAGAUCUCCUUUUGUCCAUAAAAAUUUAUGUGAUAUCUUGAAGACUUGUAUAGAGAGAUCUAUCUCGUUUUUUGUCUGUAAUAUGUUGAACUAUGAGGAAAUCAAUUUUAACAUUUAGGUUAUAAUCA